AGAUACACAGAGAGCGAGAGAGAGAGAGAACGACAGAGACACACAGAGAGAACGACCGAGUUCAGCCCGACAAAACAACUCUUCAAAGUAGCCUUCUUCCCGCACCACACUCGGAAUCUUUCGCCUCUGUUGUUACCUGGAAUGAAAUGCUUUUACGUGGAUGACUUGAAAGAUCAAGAGGACGUCCAGCCUGGUGACUCCAAACUGACCUGUGUUGCCCAGCUUGAGCUGCCCGGCUCAUGGGAGCAGCUCGCGGAGAGUUCGCUGCCAUGUCUUAACGCCGCACCCUCCCCUCUGAAAACCCUGUCCCCCCUUCCCUCUCUCUCCCCUCCCUCCCCCUCCUCCUCUUCCUCCCCUGCCCUCCCUGUUGGAGCUCCCCAGUCCUUUGGAAACCACAGUGCCUCCUCUGGAACGAUGAGUCUGCAUUAUCAGCAGCAGGGAUCUGAGAGGGAUCUCCCUUCGGCCACCGCCUCCACCAGCCUGCCCUCCGUACGAAAGACCCCUAAAAAGCGGCGCCUCUCGCUGCGCUCGCUCUUCCGGCGUCGAUGUGGGGACCCCAAAUCCCGCAAGUCACGUGCUCUAACCGCUGGAGUGGAUGGCAUUGCCAGUGUGGAGAGCAUGAGUUCAGAGAUGUGCCAGCAGCAGGAUCACGCCUCUGCGCUUUCUGUGCCUGGUGUGGCCUCCACCUCAUCUUCACACUCCUCAUCUUCAGCCUCCACCUCUGAGCUGCUGGAGUGCCCGCUGUGCCUGCUGCGCCACACUCAAGACCGGUUCCCAGACAUCAUGACAUGCCACCACCGGUCCUGCGCUGACUGCCUUCGACAGUACCUGCGCAUAGAGAUAUCUGAGAGCAGGGUCAACAUCAGCUGCCCAGAGUGCUCGGAACGCUUCAAUCCCCACGACAUCCGCAUGAUACUCAACGACCGUGUGCUCAUGGAGAAAUAUGAGGAGUUUAUGCUGCGCCGAUGGCUGGUGGCUGACCCUGACUGCCGCUGGUGCCCUGCUCCGGACUGUGGUUAUGCAGUCAUUGCCUUCGGUUGUGCCAGCUGUCCAAAGAUCACAUGUGGUCGUGAGGGCUGUGGAACGGAGUUCUGUUAUCACUGUAAACAGCUGUGGCACCCCAACCAGACCUGUGACGCCGCCCGACAGCAGAGAGCCCAGAGCCUCAGACUGAGACCCUUCAGAUCAUCUUCACUCAGCUACAGCCAGGAGAGUGGAGCUACAGCUGAUGACAUAAAGCCAUGUCCCCGCUGUGCGGCCUACAUCAUUAAGAUGAACGAUGGGAGCUGUAAUCACAUGACCUGCGCUGUUUGUGGCUGUGAGUUCUGCUGGCUAUGCAUGAAGGAGAUCUCAGACCUGCACUACUUGAGCCCUUCAGGGUGCACGUUUUGGGGUAAAAAGCCAUGGAGUAGGAAGAAGAAGAUCCUGUGGCAGUUGGGCACACUCGUAGGUGCUCCAGUUGGCAUUGCACUGAUUGCUGGCAUCGCCAUACCUGCAAUGGUCAUCGGGAUUCCUGUUUAUGUGGGGAGAAAGAUUCAUAAUCGUUAUGAGGGUAAGGACAUCUCCAAGCACAAAAGGAAUCUGGUGAUAGCAGGAGGUGUGACGCUGUCAGUGAUUGUGUCUCCAGUGGUUGCUGCUGUCACUGUCGGGAUUGGAGUGCCCAUCAUGUUGGCGUAUGUCUACGGCGUGGUGCCAAUCUCCCUGUGUCGCAGCGGUGGUUGCGGCGUGUCUGCUGGGAAUGGCAAAGGCGUCCGCAUUGAGUUUGAUGAUGAGAAUGAAAUGAAUGUGGGCACUGGAGCAGCGGUGACUGACACCACUUCAGUAGCAGAGACCAGGCAUAACCCCAGCAUUGGUGAAGGCAGUGUUGGGGGUCUAAUGGGCAGCCUGAGUGCUAGCGGGAGCCACAUGGAUCGUAUCGGAGCAAUGAGAGACAACUUGAGUGAGAAUGCCAGCACUAUGGCCCUCGCUGGGGCCAGCAUCACCGGCAGCUUGUCAGGAAGUGCCAUGGUCAACUGCUUCAACAGGUUAGAGGUUCAAGCUGAUGUACAGAAGGAGCGCUGCAGUCUCAGUGGGGAGUCCGGGACUGUAAGUCUGGGGACAAUCAGCGACAACGCUAGUACCAAAGCAAUGGCUGGAUCCAUUCUUAAUGCCUACUUGCCUCUGGACAGAGAUGGGAACAGUAUGGAGGUGCAGGUGGAUGUGGAAUCGAAACGUGGGAAGCUUAGACACCACAGCGGUAGCAGCAGUAUGGAUGAUGGCAGCAGUGGGGGCCACGGUGCCAGCGUUUGCCCCUCUGGCUGCCCCCAUGAGGGUAGGUGCGGCUCUUCUCGCUGGAUCAUGGAGCCCUCCUCCACCCCUUCCUCCUCUUCUUGCCAGAAGAGCAAAGGCAAAUUGCGAAAGAAGAGUGGAGGCACCAAGAUCAACGAGACUCGUGAAGACAUGGAUGCCCAGCUGCUGGAGCAGCGCAGUACCAACUCCAGCGAGUUAGACUCGCCCUCUCUGAGCGGCAGCCUGCACUCGGUGGCCGACUCACACUCCAGCCACUUCUCUGAGGUCAGCUGCUCUGACCUGGACACCUGCAGACUACCCUGCUACGAGACUCAUGGUCGGCAUCCCAACAUGGGUGGAACGAUCAGCCCACUACCCGAAGUCGAGCACGACCGGUUGGAAAACUGUCCAGCCUCUGCGAGUCUCCCCCAGGCUUCGGUUGCCCCUCUCACCCCUGAUGGAGCAGUGGAGCGCCCCCUGUGCUACAUUGCAGAGGAGAACAUGAGUUUAAUCUGUGCAGCUGAUCUGGAUGCCGGCGCUAGUGCGAGCUCACCUAAAAGACGCAAUAACAACCUUUCUCAGCCGACUAGCCCUGUGCGUAACACCUGUAUUCAAACAGAGAUAUAACGAGACAGUUUGGAGUUAACCCAAAUGCUAGCUUUCAAAGCUAACCUCAUCCACUUUAUUACCAAGGAUUGCACACUGAAAUUUAAAUAAAAGCUUGUAUGAGUUUCAAGAAGGUUGUGUUUUCAGGUUGGUCAUUGUUUAAUUGAGUGUUUGAGAAGGAACGCCACUAUUUACACUGUUCAAGGGCAGGAUAUUCCACAUGGGUUAAGAAAGCUCUUCUGAUUGACAGGUUGUAUGAGGGCCUGUUAGCUUGGGCAUACAGUUGGUCUAAAGCUCUGACAAGAUUCGGAAAGGCAACAGAUGAAUGUAAGGCGGCAAGUGAUGCACAGAUACUGAAGAUGACAUGAUGAUGAUGUAGCUGUCAAUCACGUAUGCCUCUAUUUCAGUGUUCAGGGUCGCGCUGAUCAACGACCUCAGCAGUGAGGAAGAGUGUGCGUGUGAGUCUCACGAAAAACAUGUCCAGGUCAUAUUUCACCCCAGAUUAGUAGCAAUAUUUUGUAUAAAGUCAAUGAAACCCUUAUUUUAUGACUAGGCCACCAAAAUCACCAAAAAACUUCCAAUUAAUUACUGGAAAAUUACAAAUUACUGAGGGGAAAAUGGUGCUUCCCCCUAAAUUCUCAUUACCGCAAUGCAUUUUUGUAUUUCCGAUUAUUUUUCAAUGGUGAUUUUCAUGUAUUGUCAUUACUUGAAUACAGUAAUUUUUUAGUUACUGUAUAAUUUAGUUAAAUAAUUACUGUUAUACAGUAAUAUAGUAUAAUUACAGGAAAAAAUAUGAAAUAUGACCUGGGCAAGUUCUUCACAAGAUUUGUGAGAUUUCCCAUGUAUUCAGGCACCUUUUCUAGACACACAUAUACUCUCAGUUCAACAUAUAGCUUUAGCUGGAGAAAUCUGCGUCUGUUGGGAGGGAUCCGAUGUUCAUAAAGACCAGCCCACUAGGGACCAGGCAAUAGAUUUCCCUUCACCACAGUGAACCUUCUUGUAAAUGAUUGCAUUUUUCAUUUCUUGGGCUUUUCAAAAAAGCCCAAGAUUUCUCUCAUCUAGCAUCACUGCUCAUUUUAUGUAUUGUUGAAGUCCUGUGUUGAGGUGCUGGUUCCGGCUGAAGGGCCUGUGAGGUGCCGGAUGAAGCUGUUCAGGUGCCUCCUGCUGGUAGCAUGGGGACUUGUCACCAAAUCCAAAAUAUUCCUAUGGUAUAAGUCAUGGAGAAGGAAUGUUUAAAAAAAAAAAGCCAUGCUAAUUCCACUGAUAUGGGUUUGAACUGUCUGAAGUGGACUCUGAUUCAUUUAUAUUUAUGAAACAGAAGGGGUUGCACCCUCUUUAAACAGUGUAACCAUCAAUCAACUUUAUUUUCAAAGGCUAUGAUGGUAAUCACAUUCAGGUCAUUUGAACCAACUUACGAUUAAGUGAUUUUCAUAUCUGCAUUUGACUCAUGGUGCCUUUUGGAUCAUAGAAAGAAAACUAGUUUAUUUCUCCAGUUUGUGUCUUUAUAGAAUUCAAAUGUAUUUGGAUGAGGCUGAAUUGAAUGUUAGUGAGACGGUGUGGCAUGUUUCCUCUUGUCCCUGUGCUACACACUCAACGGUUAGGGACUACACAACCAACCGCCUACCAAAGACAGCACUCGGGCUCACCGAUGAUGACGACUCCUCACCAUUAAACCCUGCAUACUUUAACCAGAUUCGCAUUUUACAGACUCUGCCGCCUCGGAGCACUGUGUCUGACCCAUGUUCAAGAGUUCAUUUUUGUUCACUUUCCUGCUGCCGUUCUGGGGCAGUUCUAUAAUCUCUCAAAACUGAUCUAAUGCAACAAGCUGCUUUUGUUAUGGUUUCUUUCAUUUCUUUUUCUGGUGUUUUGAGCCUUCCUGCCUAUAUCUGUAUGAAUAUUAAUUCAGAGGCUGGGGCCAAUUGAUUUCGAACUUGUUCAGAACAGCUUAUGAUGUUUGUAUAUUUUCUUUAUAAUAUGCGUGUAAAUGUGUAUCUAAAUGAAAAUAAAAACAUUGAA